UCUGUCUCUCUCGCUUUCUCUCUCUCUCUCUCUCUCUCUGUCAGUGUGUGAGUUCAGGAAAAUGGCCGAGGCCAGUAUUUCAGUAGAUCAGGAUCAGUUCAUCUGUCCAGUUUGUCUGGAUCUAUUGAAGGAUCCAGUGGCAAUCCCCUGUGGUCACAGUUUCUGUAAGGUGUGUAUUAAUGACUGCUGGGAUCAGGAAGAUAAGAGCGGAGUGUAUCGCUGUCCUCAGUGCAGAGACACUUUCACUCCAAGGCCUGUUCUACGCAGAAACAACAUGCUGGCUGAAGUGGUGGAGAAACUGAAGAAGACUGAAGUCCAAGCUGCUUCUCAUGCUCACUGUUACGCUGGACCUGGAGAUGUGGAGUGUGAUUUCUGCACCGGGAGAAAACACAAAGCCGUCAAGUCCUGUCUGAUAUGUCUGGCCUCCUUUUGUGAAACUCAUCUGAAACCUCACUAUGAAGUUCUUGGUUUGAAAAAGCACAAGUUAGUCGAAGCUUCUGGAAAUCUACAAGAGAAGAUCUGCUCUGAGCAUGAUAAAGUGCUGGAGAUCUACUGUCGUACUGACCAAAGCUUCAUCUGUUUUCUGUGUAUGAUGGAAGAACACAAAAGCCACGACACCGUCUCAGUUAAAGCGUACAGAACUGAAAAACAGAGUGAGUUAAAGGAGGAGCAGAUGAAAUCCCAGCAGAGAAUCCAGGAGAAGCAGAAGAAGGUGCAGGAGCUGAAACAGGCUGUGAACACUAUAAAGCUCAGUGCACAGACAGCGGUGGAGGACAGUGAGGGGAUCUUUACUGAGAUGAUCAGCUCCAUGGAGAAAAGGCGCUCGGAGGUGACGGAGCGGAUCAGAGCUCAGGAGAAGGCUGAACUGAGUCGAGCUGAACGACUCCUGGAGCAACUGGAGCAGGAGAUCGCUGAUCUUCAGAGGAGAGUCACUGAGCUGGAGCAGCUUUCACACACACACGAUCACCUCCACUUCCUCCAGGAAAUAAAGGUUUUAGUCUCCGGCCGUCGCUCGCCCGAAUCUAUUAGAUCAGAGUUUCAGUCUGAUCUCAGUGAGGACUCACGCAGCAUCACUGUCAAUCAACAUCUCUCAUUUGAUGGAGUGAGGAAAUCUCUCUCUGCUCUGAAAAAGAGACUCGAGGAAUUCUGCCAGGAGGAAUUCAUCAGAAUCCCUGAACACGCUGCAGCAGAUCAGAUCAUUUUACCCUCAGAACCAAAGAGCAGAGAAGAUUUUCUGCACUAUUUCUGUGAUCUGACUCUGGAUCCCAACACAGUAAAUUAUUACCUCAUUCUGUCUGAGAGGAACAGAGCGGUGAUGGGCAGUAAGAGAAAGCAGCAAUACUCUGAUCAUCCAGAGAGAUUUGACUACUCCUAUCAGGUGUUGAGUAAGGAGAGUGUGUGUGGACGCUGUUACUGGGAGGUGGAGUGGAGGGGUGCUGGUGUGUACAUGUCAGUUUCAUAUAAAGAUAUCAGCAGGAAAGGACGGGGUAAUCAGUGUGUGUUUGGAGGUAGUGACCAGUCCUGGAGUCUGUGGUGUUCUUCUUCUUCUCUCUAUUUCUGGCACAACAAUAUUAGGAGUGAUCUCCGAGUUCCAUCAUCCUCCAGAAUAGGAGUGUAUGUGGAUCACAGUGCAGGAACUCUGUCCUUCUACAGCAUCUCUGACACGAUGAAGCUCCUCCACAGAGUCCACACCACAUUCACUCAGCCUCUAUACGUUGGAUUCCUAGUGCUUUAUAAAGGAUCAACUGUGAGAUUAUGCGAUCCAAAAUAAAAUAUUAGUAAUGUGAUUUGUUUUAUUUAAAUGAGCAACUUUACUUUUUUAUAUCAAGCUUAAUUCCAAUGAAAUAUGAGUCAUUUAUUUGUGAUUUCCCAAUAUUUUAGAUCUUUCCUCUGUCUUUUAGGAGAUUUCAAUGUUAUACUUUAGUGCUUGAAAGUUUGUGAACCCUUUAGAAUUUUCUGUAUAUCUGCAUAAGACCUAAAACAUCACCAGAUUUUCACAAAUCCUAAAAGUAGAAACUAUUACACUUGGUCAUUUAUUUAUUGAGGAAAAUGAUCCAAUAUUACAUAUCUGUGAGUGGCAAAAGUAUGAGAACCUUUGCUUUCAGUAUCUGGUGUGACCCCCUUGUGCAUUAAUAACUGCAGAUAAACGUUUGGGGUAACUGUUGAUCAGUCCUGCACAUCGGCUUGGAGGAAUUUUAGCCCGGUCCUCAGUACAGAACAGCUUCAACUCUGGGAUGUUGGUGGGUUUCCUCACAUGAACUGUUUGCUUCAGGUUCUUCCCCAAUAUUUCUACUGGAUUAAGGUCAGGACUUUAACUUGGCCAUUCCAAAACAUUAACUUUAUUCUUCUUUAACCAUUGUUUGGUAGAACGAUUUGUGUGCUCAGGAUCGUCGUCUUGCUGCAUGACUCACUUUCUCUUGAGAUUUAGUUCAUGAACAGACUUCCUGACAUAUUCCUAUAGAAUUCACUGGUAUAAUUCAGAAUUCAUUGUUCCAUCAAUGAUGGCGAGGCGUCCUGCCCAGAUGCAGCAAAACAGCCAUGACACUACCACCACCAUGUUUCACAGAUGGGAUAAGGUUCUUCUGCUGGAAUGUAGUAAUGUAGUGUUUUCCUUUCUCCAAACAUAAUGCUAAUAUUAUAUUUUGGUCUCAUCCAUCCACAGAACAUUUUUUUUCAGUAGCCUUCUGGCUUCUCCAUGUGAUCUUUAGCAAACUGCAGAGGGGCAGCAAUGUGCUUUCUCCUUGCAGCCCUGCCAUGUACACCAUUGUUGUUCAGUGUGCUCCUGAUGGUGGACUCAUGAACAUUAACAUUCGCCAAUGUGAGGGAGGCCUUUAGUUGCUAAGUAUUUACCCUGGGCUCCAUUGUGACCUCGUGGACUAUUACACAUCUUGCUCUUGAAGUGAUCUUUGUUGGUCUCCACUCCAGGAGAGGGUAACAGUAGUCUUCAAUUUCCUCCAUUUGUACACAAUCUCUCUGACUGUAGAUUGGUGGAGUCCAAAGUCUUUAGAUAUGGUUUUGUAUCCUUUUCCAACCUGAUGAGCAUCAACAACUCUGAGGUCCUCAGAAAUCUCCUUUGUUCGUGCCAUGAUUUACUUCCACAAACAUGUGUCGUGAAGAUCAGAUUCUGAUAGAUCCCUGUUCUUUAAAUAAAACAGAGCGCUCACUCACACCUGAUCAUCAUCCCACUGAUUGAAAACACCUGACUUUAAUUUCACCUUCAAAUUAACUGCUAAUCCUAGAGUUUCACAUACUUUUGC